AUGUCAGAUGGUCCGAUUGAUCGAUCGGAUCCAUCGGACAAGCGUGUUUACGGUCGGACAGAAAUUUUACCGACGGCGAAAUGCCGUCAUUUGAAAGCUACGCGGUUGCAAAGUAAAGAGGCUUGGGCAGUAGGCUCUGGCACGAUGUUGCUGGCUUCACUUUGGACAGGCAGGACGUACAUUUGGUGCUCUGUAUACUCUUAAACUUUUUGUUAAUAUGUAUUGUUACGGCAAUAAAAUUGUCUAAAGCAAUAACACAGAAUCGAAACGAAUCAGAAUUGAACGGUAAACCAGACGCAAUUAGCAGAUCUAUAGAAGAAUUAAACAGCAUAGAGGGAGAUCUAAACCUAACUGAAUCCGAAUUCAACCAGAACAAUUCGCUUGUUAAUCUCACGAAGCCAUCAAGUGAUAGCGAACUAAUUGAGAGCAGCAUUUUAAUGAUAGCCAAUGGCAAUUUGAAAUGGCAAAAGAAUUUCGAAGAGCUUCGCCUAGCUGUUGACCGACUACAUCUACAAUCUAGUAAAGGGUGGACAAGCCCGGGAGGUUACUGUAAACUGUUCGAAAGCGGGGAAGUCUCGAUACGUUGGUAUUCGAAUAGUAAAACUUUGACGGUGAAGGGGGAAAAGGCCGACGAAAUAAAAGAAAAACUAGUAAAUUUCGACCGCAAAUUGAGCGGUGAAGUCAAAGUAUAUUUGGAGAGUCCAAAGGUUGCAAAUAUUUUGGAGUGA